AUGUUCCGGCUAGAGAUCAGCGAGCAGGGCCCCCAUCCAAAUCCCCUCCUCCCCGGCACGGUGCGACACACCAUGUGCUCCGCUGUUCCCCUUCGGGGCCGCGGUCAGGAGGGAGGGCGAUCGGAAAUAGCUCGUGGCAUGCGGCUCAUGGCACGGCCGGCGGAACGCCGCCAGCGGAGAGGACGUCGAAAAUGCAGUCACAAACAUAUCAUAUGGUCAGCACUUGAUCAGGGGAUAAUGGAUGGGAUUAUGGAAGGAAAAAAGGGAUCUCUGAUUGCCAUGAUGCUUGAAUAUGAGGGAAUUUAG